CGUUGAGCUCUGUGAAAGGAGACCUGUAACUGUGCCUCUUUGUGUUGACAUUUUCGGAGGUUUGAGAGUGUUUGAAUGGAUAUUACCAGGUGUUCGGAGAAAUGGGUAAAACAAGAAAAGGAGAGGCCUCCAACUUCCUCGAUAAUGCUCUCUAGCAAGAAAUCAGAUGCUGGCUCCUCUUCCUCCUCCUCCUCGUCUUCUAGCGGAGCAGCAGGAGGGGAAAGGGCCUUGGUUGCUGAUGCUCAAACUGGUCCUUCAGCUUCGGCUGCAGGAGCUAUGGACUCAAAGAAGAAGGAGAGGUCUUCUCCUAGUGGGGAACCUGUCGGAGCCUCUUUUCCCCACCAGUCAGGGCCUGGAGGGGCAGAUCAGGACUCAGCUGAAGUCCGUCGGACAAGUCGACGCAAGCGAGCGAAACAGGUGGAGUACCGCGAGAUGGACGAAAGUCUCGCAAACCUGUCUGAGGAUGAGUACUACUCUGAGGAGGAAAGGAACGCCAAAGCAGAGAAAGAAAGGAAGCAGGUCAUCCCUCCUCCAGCUCCACCAGUAGAGGAGGAGAAUGAUAGUGAACCUGAGGAACCAUCUGGUCUGGAAGGAGCUGCUUUCCAGAGUCGUCUUCCGAAUGACAGAAUGACAUCCCAGGAGGCAGCCUGCUUCCCAGACAUCAUCAGUGGUCCCCAGCAGACUCAGAAGGUCUUCCUUUACAUCCGCAACCGUACACUCCAACUGUGGCUGGACAACCCUAAAAUUCAACUGACUUUUGAGGCUACAGCGCAGCAGCUUGAAGCUCCAUACAACAGUGAUGCCGUUCUGGUCCACAGGAUACACAGCUACUUAGAAAGACACGGCCUUAUUAAUUUUGGGAUUUACAAGAGAGUCAAGCCAUUACCCACUAAGAAGACUGGGAAGGUUAUAGUCAUUGGAGGAGGUGUGUCUGGACUUGCUGCUGCCAGGCAACUUCAGAGCUUUGGAAUGGACGUUACAGUGCUGGAAGCCAGGGACCGGGUUGGUGGCAGAGUGGCCACGUUUAGGAAGGGCAACUAUGUGGCCGAUCUAGGAGCCAUGGUGGUGACAGGGCUGGGAGGGAAUCCAAUGGCCGUGGUCAGUAAGCAGGUUAAUAUGGAGCUGGCUAAGAUCAAACAGAAGUGUCCACUGUAUGAAGCCAAUGGUCAGGCUGGUGAACGGUGCACAAGUGUGCCAAAAGAAAAAGAUGAGAUGGUGGAGCAAGAGUUCAACCGGCUGCUGGAAGCCACCUCGUACCUCAGCCACCAGCUGGACUUCAACUUCCUCAACAACAAACCAGUUUCUCUGGGACAAGCCCUGGAGGUGGUUAUACAGCUACAGGAGAAACACGUAAAAGAUGAGCAGAUAGAACACUGGAAGAAGAUUGUCAAGACUCAGGAGGAACUCAGGGAUCUUCUCAACAAGAUGGUGUCUACUAAGGAACGUGUUAAGGAGCUUCAUCAGCAGUAUAAAGAAGCAAGUGAAGUCAAGCCACCAAGAGAUAUCACAGCCGAGUUCCUGGUGAAGAGCAAACACCGAGACCUUACUUCACUCUGCAAAGAGUAUGACGAGUUGGCCGAGCUGCAGGUGAAACUUGAAGAAAAGCUCCAGGAGUUGGAGGCCAAUCCACCCAGCGAUGUUUACCUUUCAUCCAGGGAUCGGCAGAUCCUAGACUGGCAUUUUGCCAACUUGGAGUUUGCCAACGCUACACCCCUCUCCACCCUGUCGCUCAAGCACUGGGAUCAGGACGAUGACUUUGAGUUCACUGGCAGCCACCUGACAGUAAGAAAUGGUUACUCUUGUGUUCCUGUGGCCCUUGCUGAAGGUCUGGACAUCAAACUAAACACAGCCGUGCGACAGGUCCGAUAUACUGCGUCUGGCUGCGAGGUGAUAGCCGUCAACACUCGCUCCACGACCCAGACAUUUAUAUACAAGUGUGAUGCUGUGCUGUGCACGCUGCCCCUCGGUGUGUUGAAGCAGCAGCCUCCCGCAGUGCAGUUUGUUCCCCCGCUGCCGGAGUGGAAGACGUCAGCCAUUCAGAGGAUGGGCUUUGGCAACCUCAACAAGGUGGUACUGUGUUUUGACCGCGUGUUUUGGGAUCCAAGUGUUAACCUGUUUGGUCACGUCGGCUCCACGACUGCAAGCCGGGGCGAACUCUUCCUUUUCUGGAAUCUCUAUAAAGCCCCGAUCCUUCUCGCUCUCAUGGCUGGUGAGGCCGCUGGCAUUAUGGAGAACAUCAGUGAUGACGUAAUCGUCGGACGGUGCCUUGCAAUUCUCAAGGGGAUAUUUGGAAGCAGCGCUGUACCUCAGCCCAAGGAGACUGUGGUCACACGCUGGCGUGCAGAUCCGUGGGCGAGGGGCUCCUACUCGUACGUCGCAGCAGGUUCUUCUGGUAACGACUACGACCUCAUGGCCCAGCCCAUCACACCUGGACCAGCCAUACCUGGAGCCUCGCAGCCGGUCCCUCGUCUCUUCUUCGCCGGUGAGCACACCAUCAGAAAUUAUCCCGCUACGGUUCACGGCGCCCUGCUAAGCGGCCUCAGGGAGGCCGGACGCAUCGCGGAUCAGUUCCUGGGUGCCAUGUACACCCUCCCCAGACAAGCCACUCCCACAGCCACCAGCAACCCCCAGCAGGCUCAGCCCACCGCCAGCGUCUGAAACACUCUCUCUCCAGUCGCGUCGGCUCAGGACUUUCUGACAACUAUGGCAGUUCAUGAAAAAAACAACCAUGAACUGGUGACAUAUCUGUAUGUGAACAUGCAACAGCUUUGUAUUGUUGCCUUCACGCUGAUAAAGGACAAAUCGAUAGAUCAUUUUCUUCACUGGAACAGUUCAGUUGGUGUAAUCAGCAAGUACCCACAUGGUAUACCUGUAUUAAAGGACGCACUCUACUACAAAGAAGGACUAAUUCUCAUCGAAUACUAAUGUGAAUGCUAUAAAUGUGUGAUUUGUCAACUUUUAAAAAGAAAGAUCACAAGAAUACUUAUGGUAGUCAGUGAUUCAGUCAUUGGCCUUGUGUGGAACUUGCUGUAGGAGCCAAACAUGUUCAUGAGCUCUGGUAUAAAGUUAAAAGUUGUCACUAAAUGAACACAGAACAUAAAGCUGCAUCUUAUACACAGAUGACAAACUCGGUAGCAUGCCUUCUCUACUCAAACCUUUGCAUUUUGAAGGAAGACCUUUCCUUCUGUUACACUAGAGGACUUUCUUUCUCUAAAAGCGUUGCUCUGUACUUUAGCUCUUUGAAAUUUAAUUAGUAUUAUUUAGGCAGCAGAGUUGUGAUGAAUUUUAAAGCAGAUGGUUAUGUUUAAAGAAUUGUGAAUGUUUAGUUGCUAUCGCUAAGGUUAAAGUAUUUUAUUGGUUGUCAACACUUCUUUUUUGUAAUUUCUUUUUUGUUAUAUCAUUUUGAUAUUAAAUGACCAAAACUG